GCCAGUGAGGCAGCCGCGGCUGCCUGCGCCUCUCCGCCUCCCUUCGAGCCGAGCGGAUCUGGUUCGGAGGAGCUGGAGCGUCCCGGUGGCAGGAAUCCGGACGAGCCUGGCCUGGCCUCUCCGGGCCGCGGCGGGCUGUGGGUUUCCUUGGUAGAAAGUAUCCUUCCUUCUUGGCCCUCGUGACCCAGAUCCCAGACACCUAAAGCACCCGGGCUGCUACCCACAGUCCAGCAGGAGUUUGGUCCCUCCUUCUUUCCCUCCCCAAUGGACCCAGGCUCCUGAUAUCCAUCUGGGUGAACCAGCCAGAGGGACCGGCUGUGCCAGAGGCAAGCAAACAAGUAUUAGGGUGUAAGACUGUGGGCGGGAAGAGGACACCUGAGCCACCAGCUGGGCUUCGGUGAGAGACAGCUCAGGAACAUCCCAGACAGAGCCGGGCCCUUCCUCAGACCCACCCUUUCCCAGCCCCCAGCCCUCUGCCCAGGAGCCCACACUGUCCUACCUGUAACUCACCUCCUCUAGGCCAGCUACUGUUCUGUCCAGCGUUGGGUCUCAUUAUGGCAGUGUACCGCUUGUGUGUGACCACUGGUCCCUACCUGAAGGCUGGCACGCUGGAUAACAUCCAUGCGACACUGGUGGGCACCUGUGGUGAGAGCCCCAAGCAGAGACUGGAUCGAGUUGGCAGGGACUUCGCCUCCGGAUCGGUUCAGAAGUACAAGGUGCGGUGUGCAGCAGAGCUGGGCGAGAUCUUACUGUUGCGCUUACACAAGGAGCGCUUCGCUUUCUUCCGCAAGGACCCCUGGUAUUGCAGUCGUAUCAGUGUUACUGCCCCAGAUGGUUCUGUUGUUCAUUUCCCCUGCUAUCAGUGGAUUGAGGGCUACUGCACCACGGAGUUGCGGCCAGGAACAGCGAGAACCAUUUGUCAGGAUUCCCUUCCCCUCCUUCUGGAUCACAGGAAACAGGAACUCCAGGCCCGACAAGAAUGCUACCGUUGGAAGAUCUAUGCCCCUGGUUUCCCUCGCAUGGUGGAUGUCAGCAGUUUUGAAGAGAUGGAGUCAGAUAAGAAAUUUGCCUUGACCAAGACAGCACCUUGUGAAGACCAGGGUGACAACCCUGGGAACCGGUACUUGCCUGGCUUUCCCAUGAAAAUUGACAUCCCAUCUCUGCUGCACAUGGAGCCUAACAUUCGCUACUCAGCCACCAAGACAGCCUCACUGAUCUUCAAUGCCAUCCCUGCAUCCUUGGGCAUGAAAAUUCGAGGGCUGCUAGACCGCAAGGGUUCCUGGAAGAAGCUAGAUGACAUCAGGAACAUCUUCUGGUGCCACAAGACCUUCACUUCAGAAUAUGUCACAGAACACUGGUGUGAGGACAGCUUCUUUGGAUACCAGUACCUGAAUGGUGUCAAUCCUGUCAUGCUCCAUGGUCUCUCCAGCUUGCCCAGCAAGCUGCCUGUCACCAAUGACAUGGUGGCACCCUUGCUGGGACCAGGCACCUGCCUGCAGACAGAACUAGAGAGGGGGAACAUCUUCCUAGCGGACUAUUGGAUUCUGGCUGAGGCCCCUGUCAAUUGCCUAAAUGGCCGCCAACAGUACGUGGCCGCUCCUCUCUGCCUGCUGUGGCUCAACCCACAGGGGGUGCUGCUGCCCUUGGCCAUCCAGCUCAGCCAGACUCCAGGGCCGGAGAACCCCAUCUUUCUGCCUACUGACUGCGAGUUGGAUUGGCUGCUGGCCAAGACGUGGGUGCGCAACUCUGAGUUCUUAGUGCACGAGAACAACACGCACUUUCUGUGCACGCAUUUGCUGUGCGAGGCCUUCUCCAUGGCCACACUGCGCCAGCUGCCGCUUUGCCAUCCGGUCUACAAGCUCUUGCUUCCCCAUACUCGCUACACGCUGCAGGUGAACACUAUCGCGAGGGCCACGCUGCUCAACCCAGACGGUCUCGUGGACAAGGUCACGUCCAUCGGGAGGCGCGGCCUCAUCUACCUCAUGAGCACCGGACUGGCCCACUUCACCUACAGGGAUUUCUGCCUUCCUGAUAGCCUGAGGGCGCGCAGCGUCCUGACCAUCCCGAACUACCACUACCGAGACGAUGGCCUGAAGAUCUGGGCGGCCAUUGAGAGGUUUGUCUCAGAGAUCGUGAACUACUAUUAUCCCAGUGAUGCAUCAGUGCAACAGGACUCUGAGCUGCAGGCCUGGGUGGGCGAGAUUUUUGCCCAGGCGUUCCUGGGUCGGGAGAGCUCAGGCUUCCCAAGCCAACUGUGUACCCCAGGAGAGCUCGUGAAGUACCUCACUGCAAUCAUCUUCAACUGCUCUGCCCAGCAUGCUGCUGUCAAUAGUGGGCAGCAUGACUUUGGGGCCUGGAUGCCCAAUGCCCCAUCAUCCAUGAGGCAGCCUCCACCUCAGACCAAGGGGAUCACAACAAUGAAGAGUUACCUAGACACCCUUCCAGAAGUGAACGUCACCUGUAACAACCUUCUCCUCUUCUGGUUAGUCAGCCAAGAGCCGAAAGACCAGAGGCCCCUGGGCACCUACCCAGAUGAACACUUCACAGAGGAGGCCCCACAGCAGAGUAUUGCAGCCUUCCAGAACUGCCUGGCUCAGAUCUCAAGGGACAUCAGAGAACGGAACCAGAGCCUGCCAUUGCCCUAUGCCUACUUGGACCCUCCCCUUAUUGAGAACAGUGUCUCCAUCUAAGCCCUAUUCACACCACCCCAGGGUAAAGAAAGGUCCAGCUAGGGGGGAAGGCCACCUUCCUAGGGUCUUCCAGACCCUCCAUCCUCCCUCUUCUCAGCUUGAACCUUCUCUGCACAUGGGGAUCAAG